GGUCACGAUGUCAGUAUUUUUGAGUGAAAAGUUAGGCAUUUUCUCUGGAAAAAUUAUUGAUAUGAAAUGGCAUCCUCGCAUCUUUAUUUUAGCGAUCGCAUCACAUGUUGGAAAACAGUCGGGUGAAGUUGUAAUCUCUGCCCUGAAAGUAAAUUUAUACAAACAUUACUGAUUAUUCAGGUCCCAAACUAUGAAGAUGCAACCAUUACAAGGCCUUGUAUUCCCACGUGUAUUUCUUGGCAUCCUUAUGAGUCAAUAUUAUUGGUGGGAUGGAAUAAUGGCUGUAUCACUGUUUGUUAUUUUUCUGAUCAUAACGUUUUCGACAUGGAUUAUAAACUAGAAGGGUCUGUGAUUUCCGUAGUUUGGACUUUGGAUGGCCACUCUGUGUUUGUAACAGACGAUAAAGCGUUCGUCUGUGUUUUUGGUUGGCUCAAAAAUGGAGACAUUGGUACAAAGCCUAUAUUCACCCUGAAUGUCAACACAAAUAUAUCAUGUGCUAUUAUGCUCAGUAUUAAGAAUUCUGAAGAAAUAAAUUCAUACGUUAUGUUUGCACCGUUAAAUUCGAGUUCUAGGUAAUAAAAAAGGUAUAUAUUUAAUACAAUUUUUGAGUGAGGGAAAUAUCUUUGCUGAUUCUGCCGUCACUGAAACUCCAUAUAGAUCAAGUAGCAGUUUGAAACUUUUAAGUUCUGAAUUCUAUCUAUUUGGAUGUUGCGAUGGUAAUUAAUAACUUACAUAAACUUUCAAAGGUCUGCAGGACGUAUAAUGUACAUCAAGUACGAUAGAUCGAGAGAGAAUGACAUUUCAGUGAGUCAAGCGAAUAAAUUGGCAUGCUGUGAAGGAUAUAUUUUAAAUAUACUUUCGCAAAAAAGUACAAAGACUUUGUUGGCUGUCACUGAGAAGGGUCUCUUAUAUCACUACCAUGUCAAGCUAGAAUCUGGAAUAUCAGUCAAGGAGGUAACAAAGGUAAAUGGAAACUACUACUUGAGCACUAUUGUCUAUAAUCUAUGAACAAUUUUAAAAGGUCAGUAUGGUUUUAGAAACACUAGCACAUCGAGCUUUUUAAUCGUUUGUCUACCAUCAUACAAAAUAUAUUCAGCUCUAACACUCAAGAGUUUCUAAAAUCUUGAAUCGAUCCUAGCUGAGAAUAUACAGGUCUGUACUGGAAAACUGAGAACUUUAGAUUGUUAAAUGUUUAACUGAAAACAAUCCAUGAUAAGCAUACUCUUUGUUCCUCAAAACAUAAAGAUCAUAACAGUCUAUGCUAGUUUAUAUGCAUGCGAAAUCAUAAAACUUGCCAAAUAGUAUGGUUUUUAAAUGAGGUUCCAGAUUAUAGCUCUGUUCAAAAUUUAUUAAGAUCAAAUGAGUCAACGUCUGUUAGAAAUCUUGCAUUUUUCUCAGGUUCUGUCGCACCUUGGGUAACAGAAUCCUUAUUGCAAUAAUAAUAUUGAACUAUUUGUGCCAGCAUAUAAUUAACAGGUUUAAAUUACAUUAAACACGAUAGUUAUUAAAAAAAUAGACUUUGUCAGAUGAAUAAAAUAUGAAUUUACAUAUGAAAAAAGAUUGAUAUUGGAAAAACGUUCAUCAUCUUUGUCUUACCAUGACCAAAUAGAAUUUUAAAAGAGAUAAAAUAACUGAAUAGUUUUUGUAUAAUUGCUGUCCUUAAAUAGUUAUUGGUUGAUUGUUAAAAAAUUUGUUGGUUGGAUUUAAUUUUCGGGUUUGAAACUUAUGCUUCGUAUAUUUUAUCCAACUAUCCACCAUAAGAGAAACGAGUUUAGAUAGCAACCUUAAGGUCAUCUAUCACCCAAGUCACUCAGGCUGGUCAUAAAAUUAUCGAUUCGGCCUAGUACAACAAAACAUUUUGAAGCUACCUGAAACACUAUAAAUCAAGAAUACAGAAUGUUAUAUGCUACAAAUUAUCGGUAAAUGAUAUAGAACCUUGCACAAGGACACGAUUGUUAAGCCGUUGCACUAAACCAGAGAUUUGUAGGAAGAUCAUUAGGUUAAAUAUGGAUGGAUAAAUAUUGGUAACAUCUAUGGCAAUAAGGUUCAAGGCUUUUGCUUUUAGACAAGGCCCAUAGAAUCAGUUAAUUACUUCGCAUGGAUUAUGUUUGGUUUCAAAUCAUAAUAUUUCGCAUAAAAAAUGAUUGUUUUGUUUGUUUGGUGAAAAGUGCACAGGAUGUUGUAAUUUCACAACGGUUUCAAACUGUAUGUUGCUCAGUUAUAAUUCAUUGCAUUUGAUUAUUUGUUUCUGCAAUAUUGGUAGCUUAUUAGGAUCACAAAGAGUUGUCAUACUUAAGUUUAUACAGAAUAAUAAAAUAAAUAAUAAAGCUUUGUGCUCCAGGUAAAAUCAAAUGAAAAUAGAUUGGAAGCACCUAUUUUAACAUACCUAUUGAUCAGAUCUACCUGCAUCUCCUCGAAUAUUUUGCCGCUAUUUUUUGGUUAUGAAGAAAGAAAUAUAUUUGUACAUCUUUUAGAUGAAACUGGCUUCAACAAUGUGUAAUCAGCCGUUCGUUACAUGGGUUGGAGAAACUACUCUUGCCAUGGUACUUGGAGAAACAAGUGUCAGACUUUGGGAUACCGAAAGAGCCGAUAACUAUACCUUAGCUCCCAACAUGAUUAUUCCCGAAAGCGGUAAAAAUGAUCUGAAGGUGAUCAAUGUUUCUUACUCCGAAACGUAUUGUAGGUCGCAAGUUUUACUUGUGUAAUAUAUGUCUGUUCUAAAAACGUAUUGUAUGAUGUUGAGAUAGAUUUGUACGCACAUAUAGUUUUUGAGUUACAUUGUUGAAGUAAAAUUUUGGUUUUGAGUUUAAAUAGCUUAUAUUUAGCUUGAUAAAGUAGCGGUAGUACGACUGAUACCAAUAAUAAAAUUAAAUCAACUGGAAUUGUAUCAUACACAAUCCUACAAAAACAUUGGUAACAUAAGAAAAAUAGUUGUGUGGCAAUGUUAAUUUGCACGGUAAACAUCUCGUGAAAAAUUUGUACUGUAGAGUAAAGUAUGGCCCUAAAAGUCACAUAUUAGUAUCAGAGGAUUCUCUCUUAUCCAUAACCAAGGGUUAUUUCCUCUAUGAGCGGAAUUCAUCCUUUUCUCUCAAAUCGUAUUUUCUGCUACCGUUGACAGUGUUACUAUUUUUAUUGCUUUGUCAUUGAUCCUGAUAACUUCAUCUCGUUGUACUAAUAUAUUGCGACAACGUGGAGGCAAUACGCGUAUGUGUCAGGUCAUAUUUUUCUUAGAAUUGACCGACUGAUUAAGAGUGGAAGGUUGGUUUGCCGUUAUUUUAUGACAGGUUACGAAAAAAGUAUUAAUUCGUUUUAUUAAAAAGUAAUUCAGUGAUAAAGAAAUUGUUUACAAAUAUUUGAUUACUUUUGUUCUUUAUUCUAGCAGGUAAAGUCAUACAUAUUCUAGGAAAACUGCAAAACUGAUGAAGAUGGAUGGUUGCUAGCACUAAAGUCCAGUACGCGCGUUUCGCCCUAUUUGAAACUCGUCAGCUAAAUGUACCCACAUCCCAGAGUUGAUGCUUAUUCAGGAACUAGGGCUCCGCACGUUUCUCUUAAAAUGCCAGUGUUAUCCAUCUAGCUAAUGAGUUCUGGAUUCCACUGUUAACCACCAUCCUUCUUUAUCAUAAUUUUUGUGACUUAAAGCAAUAUCGAGGUAAUCCACACGGGACGCACAUAUGCCAAGAAGAGAUUGAUCAAUUGCAGUCCUAAACAUCAAUGAGAAGAUUCAAACAAACAAUACAAAAAAGGCUCAAUGUGUUGAUCUCUUGGAUUAACUAUACUCAAAGAAAUGAUACUGUUAUUUUUAAAAUCAGCCCAUUUGUAUUGGAAUUCCAUUUUAUGUAGUUUUUGUACAAUAUUAUGCCUAAAAUCGAAACUGUCUUUCUGGAAUUUAUGAAAGGUAUCUUGGCCGCAAGUUUUAACAAUGGAAUGGUGGAAUUUUGGCAAUAUUGUACAGAACUGGAAUCACCCAAAUAUUGGUCUCACGUUCAGAGGUCAAAUUUGACAUCAAAUCAAAAUCUCUGUAACUACAUAGAUGACUGUGGACUUUAUAGCUCCACGAACACUUUGGUAGAAAGAACACCGGAAACCAGCUGGUAUUCACAACCAAGUACCUUUUGGUUAAACGAGGAAGAUGAACCGUUUUCAGUAUCCGAAGAUUUAAAAUCCCACUCACAUUUACUAGCCUGGGAUUGUCAGCAGGAAAAGUUGGCAAUUACUCUCGUACCUCAUCAGUCAAAAGAAAAACCGUAUGAAAGCCAAAGUACUCAAACCAAGUCUUCUGUAUAUAUACUUCAAAGGCAAUCACCACAAACUCAUUUCUAUGGAUAUGGAUGUGCUGUUGUACAAACCGGUCCAAGAUCAUUAGCAGUGUUUACCGCAAUAUCUGAAAAACAUGUAAACAAGACAAAUCUAAGCUCUUCAGAGAAUGUAUCGACAAUAAACAAUAUUACUGAAAAUAAAACAGGAAAUAUAAAUAUGAUUAAAGAUGAAAAUUCCGCAAAUUGUCGCGGAUCCUUUAUAAUCAAAUCGAAACAACUAGAGAAUCGUAAAGAUAUAAAUCAGAAUUCCACUGGCUUCAUUAGUCAAGACAAUUAUUCGCUUUGUGAGCACGAGAUACAAGUUGAAGAUCAAAUUAAGGCUGUAUAUUGCACACAAGAACAUGUUGCAUACUGGAAUGGUCAUCAUAUUUUUGUCUAUAAACAGUCCAGUAAAGGUUACAUAACCCACUUAACUAGUUUCUCUUGUGAAUUCAAAUUGGUUGGAAUGCAUCAAUAUAAUCUAUUUACAAUUGAACCAUAUAAAUUACAAGUUGUUAAAUUAAUUGAAUUGUCUUUGUUGCUUGUCAGCCAUCAAAUGUUACAUAUUUCACAAUUUAGAAUGACAAUCUGGAAUAUUGUUCGUUUAAGUAAUAUCCUCUUAUUAACACGUACUACAAGACUAAUUGUUCUGUUUCCCUGGACACGGUUAGUUGUUAGUGUUUUAGCUGAUCUGCCAAGUAAUCUAACCCCCGUUCUUGGAAUACUCAUAUCAGCAUUUUACUUUUAUGCAUUAUUGGGAAUGAAUUUAUUCCAUGAUGUUAUUAAAUAUGACAACUCCACAAAUUCGUCAAAUACACAAAUCUAUCAAUGUGGGACUUACCAGGAAUUGCAAUACUGGUCUAUACAUUUUAAUGACUUCGCUGCUAGCCUUGUACUUUUAUGGGAUUUAAUGGUAGUCAAUAAUUGGCAAAUAAUUGUGUUCGCAUAUCAACAAGCUGUUAACAGAUGGGUUCAUAUUUAUAUGAUUAGUUGGUGGCUAUUUGUUGUCGUUGGGAUACUCAAUUUAACUACUGCGUUCAUCAUCGAGUCAUUUUUACAUCGACGUGAUUUACAACCGGAUAUAUCAGCGUUUCAGAAUCAACCACUUGAAGUAAUGAGAAAUACUACCACUAAUUUUCAGGAAUCUCUUGGACAUUCUUCAAAUCAGGCUUGUUCUUCUCAUCAUCAUAAUGUUGAAAGUGAUGAAGAUGAAGCAUCGAAAUAUAAAUCAACGCAUUUAUUAGUAUCAUCAUUAUCUUUUCUCAGAAGACGAUCAUCUACUGAGAUGAUUCCCAUAACGUUGGAUGAAAUAUUCCGCUGUAAACUCAAAGAACCAUCAGAAGAGUCCAUUAUUGCUGAAAUAUAUUCCCACCCACAUUUUCGAAACUUUGUAGCAUUAUGA